AUGGCGGACUCCGACGCGAGUUCUGGCUCAAGUAGCAGUUCCAGUUCAGAUUCUGUAUUAAUUCGCGUACCUUUAGACCAAAAAAGACGUAAAAAACUACGUGCACAGCUACAAGAAGACCAGCGUCGACAACGUGAGCAUCAGUCGUGUCUUGUGGCUUCUCCACGGCCAAAAUCACGCUCUAAAUUACUUCAAACGGACUCUGAAAUGGACAGGAAUAAGGGUGAACACAUUUGUGUCGUUUGUGAGCAAGAAGGCGAUGAUCUGAUUGUUUGUAUAGGUCCAUGUAUCUCUGCUUUUCAUAUACAUUGUCUACCAAGUGAUAGCGAUGCGAUGGAAGCUCAGAAGGAAGCCUGGUUGUGUCCAAAUUGUAAGAACAAGACCCACGCGUGCUUUCACUGCAAACGGACUGGAAUUGAAAUGCUUGCAGACGAUACAUCAACUACAGGAAACUUGGAGUUGGAGAGGACCAAGAAACCUGUACGGAAAUGCCGUGCAUUAUCAUGUGGUAAAUUCUAUCAUCAAGAAUGUAUCACGCAGUUUCCAUUGGCGAGAAUUGCCAUCAAUACGCAUUUUAUCUGUCCACUGCACACGUGUGCAGGCUGUAAUCAAUCAGGUGCACAACAAGAAGCUGUGAGAUGUAUGAGAUGUCCUGUAGCUUAUCACGCACGUUGCUUGCCAUCGAAUUGCGUACGGCAGAUCUCGUCCAAGUUGAUCAUUUGUCCAAAACAUGGAGAGCGAUUAAAGAUGACGGAAGAUCGGGGCGAAGGUGGCAGUGGAAACGUUGAGGGUGAGGUGAAACCACUGGCAAAGAACGCAGUAUACAAGCACUUGAGUGAUGUGCAAGCACGGCAAGGAGAGAAAGAGGACGAGGUUAUGUCGGAAGCGUCGGCUGUCAGUGUUAGCAGCGCGAGGAGGAAGGAAAAAAAGGAGAAGCGAGAGAAGCGCGACAAGAAGAAAAAGAAGAAGAAGAAGAAAAGAGAUAAACAUAAGGAAAAGAGGGACAUUUCGGCAUCGCAAGGCAUUGGUGGAUACGACAACAGGGAUGAAGAAGGUGGUAGAAUGAAGCGAAGGCGAGGUAAGAGAGAAUCAAUGGAAGCGAGUGGAAGUAGUUACUUUCAGCGGGCAGAUACGGGCAAUCCUUUGACGUUGUCUAGCCGUCACCCAGACCUUACAGCCGCUUCACAAUCUGUCGGAUCUGCAGAAGCGCGGGUAUUUAGAUCACCAACAUUGUCGCUUACGCCUUUAGAAAGUCGUUCGACGGCUUCAAAGCGGGCAAAGGAGCGUUUGAAAGACGAAUCAGGACAGAGCGACGAUGAUGAUUCCGAUGCCUCGCUGUGCAGUCCUUCGUCAAAGAAAAAGCUCUCACUUGUCUGCCAUAUGGUUAGUCAACAAAAAGGCACUCAAUCAACGUCACGAAAUGCGAGUUGGGUCGUCAAGGACGAAAUGUGUGCUGCCAAGUCAUCAUCGACCAUGGACGAUUAUGAAGUCAAAGAAGCAGCAAGAUUUCUGGUUUCUUCUUCUCCAGUUCCUGUGAGCCCAGCAUGUGAUAAAGACUCAUUAGCAGCUCGAUCAUCUACGGAAGAGGAUACACCAGGUUUUAAAGUCGAACACAUAAGUGAUGAUCAUGAAGUAUGCGAUGAGGAUGCUAGCGUUCAUCGAGAGCGACUACAAUCUACUGAAGCAAGCUUGGUGCUCAAGCAUGUACCUAGUGAAGAUGACGAUGACGAUGAUGAAGGUGCUGCUGAGUCUACAACGCUAACUGCGGAUGCAACACCAAGAUCUAAUAGGGCAUGUGGUCAUAGUAAAAAGAAACGAAAGAACAAGGCUAAACGAGAAGCGCAGCGCAUGCAAAGGAGGGAAACCAGCGACGAGGAGGAGAAAGAAGAAGAAGAUGACGAAGAGGGGAACGAGGCGAAGUGGGUUCAAUGUGACAGCUGCAAGAAGUGGCGAACAGUGCCGAGAGACUUUGAUUUGGAUACGAUGCCCAAGCACUGGUACUGCAAUAUGAACACAUGGGACGAACGGUACGCGUCCUGUGCCGUAGCUGAGGAAGUGGUGAAGACAAAUAUAUCUCCUCAAGCAGGCAAGAGGAGAUACAAACUAAAGAGAUCAAAGUCAGCAGCUACUAGUACAGGAGAUGAUGGUGGCUAUUCUUCUUCGGAAUCAGGUCCCUUGAGAAGAUGUGGAGGGUCAUUUAAGGGCUCGUUAUCUGACAUGGCCGUGAUAGAAGAAAAAGAUAAAAGCUCUAGGUAUAAGAACAAGGACAAAACGACCAAAAAGCGUAAGAUUACGAAGCAACUCAAGGAAAAAUACCGUGAAGUCAAAUGGGUACAAUGCGAGAGUACACAAUGUGGUAAGUGGCGCAUUGUCCCAUCAUCGAUUAAUUUCGAUCGACUGCCAGCGGUUUGGUACUGUCAUCUCAAUACGUGGGCUCCUGAGCUAGCAAAAUGCAGUGCACCCAACCCCACGGAGGUUGAUGUGUUUUUGCUGAAACAGGCGAGGAAGGAAGGCCGUCCAUCUAAAAAAGCAAGGGCGUCUUCAUUGACUGGAGACGCUGCACCAUCAGUAUCUGUGUCGGCUACUUCGGGUGCCGCUAUGGCGCCAACAUCUUCUGUGAAUGAUUUAACAAACUUUGGUAAACUGAAUUCAACGAAGCACGGUAAAGGCUCAAAGUUGACGGCAUCAGGGGCAGGGAAUGCAGUGUCGAUAAUGGAAGGGGCUAACAGCGGCAAUAGCAACAGUACAGACGCAGUUUGCUCUAUCAAAGGAAGGGGUGGGCGAGGACACAAUAACAGCAGCAGCGGAAGUUCCAGUGGCAUUAAAAAAACAGUGCUGGAGUGGGCGCAGUGUGAAAAGUGCAACAAGUGGCGUAAACUACCGCAGCAUAUUAAAUCAUCUACUCUACCCGAUAAAUGGUACUGCUCAAUGAACCACUGGGAUCCAACACAUGCCAAGUGUAGUGUACCAGAGGAAGCAGACCAGGAGUCUCUACCACUACCAGCUCACCCUGGUUCGCAGUGGCACAAGGGAGGACAAAACAAGGGUCAGCGUCCUAGACGAGGUAAACUGAGCUACUCGGAACUACUGUAUGGCAGUACGGGGCAGCUACGAAAAGCAUACACGGGAGAAUCUUCUACACAAUCAUUUGAGUAUGAAGGCGUGACAUACCACCGCGAUGGCCAGUAUAAGCACAGCAGUAUGUAUGUGUCCCCCGCAACGAUGGCAGCGGCAGUUACGAUGGCAGGGUGGAGCGGUAGUGACCGAGUGAAGCGAGAGACUACAUGCAGUCAUGAUGUUGCAAAAGGCAGCUGUUUGAAGCAUAAUACGGUAUUAGCAGCGGCACCUCAGGCGAACGUCGAUCAUGUGGCUGCGUUGGUACUUAAAAGCAUGGAUUUGCGCCGGCAUCACAGUGUUUCAGAGCUUGUAGAUGCUGUCAACUCAGCAUACACAGCUUCAGAAGCUGCUCCGACUGGCCUCGCAUCGCUGGUGGUGGUCACCGCUGCCUUGGGUCAGCUUGAACACCGUGGCUUGGUUGUGAAAGUGACUGAAGUAUCUGACGAAAGUGGAGAAGACGACGAGUCUACUCAAAAGCAAAGAAGAGCAGAGACGCUCUUUGAUGGAGCAUUUUCAUUACCUACUCAUUAUCGUAAGGUGCCCACGAGGCCUUUGAAAGCUUCAAAGUUUUGGAAGUUUGGGACCAAUGUGGUGGUGCUCUCGCCCGUAAAGGAUUUAUAA